GAUAUGCUCAUUUAAAGUUCUUUUCAUCAGAUGCUACUCACAUUUAAGAUUCCCAUAAUUUUGUUAUGUUGGUCUUAUUUACAGUUAACUUUUUUGCGCUGGGGAAUUGCAUAUUGUGUCAAGGGUGGUCUAGAAAAAGAGCUAAAAGCAAUGCAGUACUUGGAGAGAAUAGAGUGUGAGUACGACCAGAAGAUAUCCAUUGAUUUCUACAAGGAAGGAGAUCCCUUGAAACCAGCUGUGACGGGCUUCUUAGUGUUCGUUUCCACUCCAGAUCCAAUUGGCAACAAGUACUAUCUUGGCCCUGCUCCUUUGCAGUAUAUGGCAAGGCAAAUUGCUACAGCCAAUGGCCCUACUGGCUAUAAUAGGGAUUACCUGUUCUCAAUGGAGAAGGCAUUAGCCAGCAUUAGCCAUGAAGAUGAUUCGAUCAUAGAUCUUGCAAACGAGGUGAGGAAGGUGCUCAACAGAACAAAGGAUACCAAGAUCACUGGUGCCAAUGCUUCCCUAAAAUCACAUGCACAUUAUAUCGCUGAGAGUUUAUUGUUCCUGGCGAUGCAGGCGCGUGAACUCUUCUACUACCUCAAGGGGAAGGGUGCUCCCAGCCCCCGUCGUGCCCCUCGGCCCCUCCCAACCCUCGUCGUCGUAACGGAGGGUGUUGCGACAAGCCAGCAGAUGAGCGUGGCGAUCCCGCUGGAGCAGUCCAUCACGCCGGUGCUUCAGGACUUUAUGAAUCUCAACAUAUUCUAUCUACCAGUGUAUUACUGUGGAGGUCUGCGAGGUAGUACCAUCGACGAGGCUUCUCCAUCCCCUCCGGCGAGCUCCCCUUCCAAAAAAAGUGGUGAGCUGAAGCUGACCCUUUUCAACUGCAUCUACUGCAUGGAUUAUACACGGGCAUCGUCGCAGCGAGCAGCCCGCCCCGCCGGUAACAAUCUCCGGAAUCCUAUCAUUUUUGUGGCUUUGUUCAGGGAUCAUCGUCAGUCACAUGCUUUUGAUGGAUCAAAAGCGACCGCAUAG